UUGACAUCUUCCCAGCAGCCUUUGCGAAAUCCACACAUCAUGGACGUCAAUGGUGGGAGCUCGGAAAACUGUAGUGGAUUAGAAGAGUUUCUGUAUCCUUCUAACCCUGACGUACCAGACUAUGGCUUUGAUCUAUACGAGCGUGUUGCAAAGCUGGAGGGACAGGUUAAAGACCAAGAGGAUGAGAUCACAUGUCUUAAGGCGGCACUUGCCGACGUCGUAAGAAGGUUAACAACAGUAGAAAACUUAAAAAAUUCACAAAGAGGGGUACCGCAAGGACCUUUCAAAAUCAAAGAUUAUACAGGGUUCCUAGGUCAGUCACCUCUGCCGUCUAGACCUCCUAUGUACAAUGAUGUAGCCAAAACGAAAACCAAAAUACUAUUAUCGCCAGCGACGCCCGAAUCACAAAGAAGAGGUAGAACAGGGUCAUUUGGAAGCAACUCCUCUAGUAACGAUGGCAAACUCAGAAAAUGGGGCUCCCAAGAUAGUUAUAGUUUUCCUUCUUCGGGUUCCCCUAGAAAAAGUACCUCCAUGACAAACAUCCAUAAUUCAGGGGAGCUUAAUGGGGCACGGAUACGGCCCUCCAAGGAUGCACAAUACAAUGCAGAUGAAGGAUGGGUGCGUAUCUACCUGAAGGGGCGACCUGUUACGCUGUUUAUGCCAACAGAAACCACAAACUACUCGGUCAAAACCAAAUCAGAGGCCCCUGCUGAACAGCUGAAACUAGAAUGGGUGUAUGGUUACAGAGGGAAAGACUGCCGUAACAAUCUUCACCUGCUACCGACAGGUGAAUUGGUAUACUUCAUGGCAGCUGUGGUAGUCCUUCAUAACUUGGAGGAAAACACCCAACGCCAUUACAUGGGACACAACGAUGAUGUCAAGAGUAUCGCCAUUCAUCCCAACAAGUGGAUCAUAGCAUCAGGCCAGGUGGCUGGACAUGACAAGGAGGAAGGAAAGAAACAACUGAUGAGGAACACGGUGACCCCCCAUGUGCGCAUUUGGGAUUCAGUCAACCUGACCACACUGCAUGUCAUUGGACUAGGGCACUUUGACCGUGCUGUAUGCUGUGUAGGAUUCUCCAAAUGUGAUGGAGGAGAUAAACUUUUAGCUAUUGAUGAUUCCAAUGAACAUGUCUUGUCAGUCUGGAACUGGGCCAAAGAAAAGAAGCUUGCUGAGAGUAAGACUAUUGGGGACCCGGUAGUUGCAGCUGAGUUCCACCCCCUGGUGGAUAACCACUUGGUCUCCUGUGGUAAAGGACAUAUUCUCUUCUGGUCACUAGAGAAUAACAAACUGACCAAGAAAGCUGGCAUCUUUGAGAAGAAACAUGAGAAGCCCAAGUUUGUUCUGUGUCUGACGUUUGCCGGCAAUGGUGAUCUGCUCACAGGCGACUCCAAUGGAAAUAUCUUCAUUUGGGCCAAGGGUAGCAACCGCAUCAGUCAAGCCAUCAAGGCCCAUGAUGGUCAAAUCUUCUCGCUAUUCAUGCUCAAGGAUAAACUCAUUUCCGGAGGAGGCAGAGAUAGGAAGGUGUACGUCUACGAUGAAUCCUACGAAGUCAAGAUCUCACUGGAGUUGCCUGAAUCCACUGGACCCUGCCGUUGUCUGUGUGUGGGUAAAGACAAGGACCUGUACGUAGGGACCACUCGCAAUGCCAUCCUUCAUGGAGAGAUCGGUAGUGAUAGCUUCACUGCUGAUGUAGUGGCCCAUACCGAUGAGCUAUGGGGUCUAGCUAGUCACCCUCAUCAGGGUUUGUUCUUGACCUGCGCUUACGACAAGCACGUCAUCCUGUGGGAUGCUGAGCAGCAUCGCCCAGUAUGGAUGAAGACCAUUGAUGAGGAUCCGUGCCAGUCUGCUUGCUUCCAUCCUAAUGGUGCAGUAGUAGCUCUAGGUCUGAAGACUGGACGCUGGAUGGUCCUAGAUGUCCAGAGCCAGGAUCUAGUCACCGUCCAUACUGACGGUAACGAGCAACAUGACAUCGUCAGAUACUCUCCAGAUGGGAACUAUCUAGCUGUGGCAUCCCAUGAUAACUACAUCUAUAUUUAUAAUGUGACGGAGGAUGGACGGAAAUACAGCAAAGCAGGCAGAUGCUCAGGCCAUUCUAGCUUUGUGACUCACAUUGAUUGGUCGGCAGACUCAACCCACCUGGUGUCCAACUCUGGCGAUUAUGAGAUUCUCUACUGGAAGGCGGAAAACGGUCGCCAAGUAGCAUCUGCCACUAGCAUGCGCGAUAAAGAGUGGGCUACCUUCACGUGUGUACUUGGUUUCCCUGUCUGUGGGAUCUGGCAGGAGGGAAGUGACGGUACAGACAUCAACACUGCCUGCCGCUCUCACUCUGGUGCAAUUCUAGCUACGGGGGAUGACUUUGGCAAGAUUAACCUCUUCAAUUAUCCAGUUAUUCAGCCCAAGGCUAAUCACAGUGGCUUUGGUGGCCACAGCAGUCACGUUACUGCAGUAGACUUCAACAGUGACGAUACCCGUUUAUUCUCCACAGGCGGCCGUGACAUGUCCUGCAUGCAAUGGAAGGUGGUUUAAAAAACCACACACCAGCAUUCAGUGAAAAGCUCCACGUUUCAAUAUCGUCAGUUUUCGAUAUUUUAGAAGAAAAAGAAAACCAUUAUCUCUAGUGUCUUUAAUUUUCUCUCUUUCCUGUGAAUGACGAAUGGUGAACAGUUGUCCCUUUUUUCUUUCUCUUCUCCAAAUCGGAAGUUUAGGAUUGUAUUCAUCAGUUUUUAGAAACAGUCUUCACGUUUUGUCUCUGUACUGAGAGUUCUGCUAGUGUUUCUGAAUAAUCUACUGAGUGUUUGCACGGAACUUGUGUAAUAAUUUAUCAAAGAGUACACUGCCAACCACACAGAGGCUAGUGUAUGCAAUCUGAAACAUUGGAACGUCCUAACCCAUCAAAUUCAGCGCACUUAGAGAUGCAAUGCUUGUCCAAAUAUUCAAUCUUGUUUUCAUUUUGUAUUUAUAAGAUUUCCAACUUGACUACAAUUAUGGUCUUAUCCACAUAGGUAGUUAGAGUUGAUCUCUUUUGAUUCAAGACAGAAACCCUUAAAAUCCUGUCCUAGAAGGUUAAGUUUUUCCGACAAGAAAAGAAGGGAUCAAAGUCCACAUUUCUUUGGAAUUGACUUAACCUCAAUAAAAUAGGUCGAUGAAGUUGACACCAAGUGUGCAGAAUAAAACAUUUUCCUUAAUCACAACUCCAAUUAUAGACGCAAGUAAAGUUUACAUUUAAUAGAUGGGUAAAAUAUCAAAAUUUUGAAUAUAAUAAUAAUAAUAAUAAUAAUAAUAAUAAUAACAACACUGAUAAAAUCGAUGUUUUCACUAAUUUUGUUUUGCCUUUUGCCCUUUUUGUGAGGGGGGGGGGGUGUUGAUAGAGAAAUGGGAUCAAAGGCAAGUACAUUAAUGGUACAUGUAUGUCUUAAGUAAUUACAUUAAUAUGUGUUUAAGAUUGAUCCAGACCAGCUGAUGGUGUAUCAGAAUGUUGCACAAAUUACCACAGAGUAACUACCACCUUAUACCUUUCGUUUCAGAUCCCAUGACUGACAAUUAUCCACUUCCAAGGUCUGUGGUUAUUUGUUGCUGAUAACAUAUUAUUUUGGGCUGUCAGCCUUUUCAACAAUUUGAUCAGGGUGUUAACUAGAAGUAAUUUACAGAAGGAACUAUCACGAUUGUGGUUUAGAAUGAUGAGUUAUAGUCAUGACCAGAAUCUGAAAUUCUGCUGGUGACUAUCUUCUUAAAACACAGAAGGGAAAAUUUCCCAGACCAAUGUUUUUGUUGUAUUCUCAAACAAAAUUAUUUUGUACUUUUAUUACAUUACAUAAAUUGCGACCACUUACAAAGUUGUCAUUAGUUACGUUUCACUUUUUAUUUGAAGGUCUCGCUUGUAUAAUUUGUUUUCAUUUUGAAAAAUCUGCAUUCAAGAAUUGUUUUUUUUUGUGACAAGGGUUUUUAUAUUUGGGUGGUAUUCUGUUCCAUGGAGUAAACAUUUUGAAUAAAUUUUGUUAAAAUUAAGAAUGAUGCAAGGAGAGAAGUCUGAAGCAAAAGAAAAAGGAAAGAACGUCAGAAAAGAAUGUAUGAAACCCAUAAAAUCACAUCCAUUUAAAAAACAAAAUAGAAUCAUUUCUAGGACAUGAAAGUACACUGAAUAAUUUAAAGUCUUCACUUUGUGUUCUGUGGAAGCGCUUAUAUACUGAAAACUACACCAGUUGUCACUGUUAAUGUUAAACGUUUGUCUUUCUAUGGGUAAGGAUAUUUUGCGCUAAAGACAUAUGUAUUACGAUAAAGCAGUCAAGAGUAGCAAGUAGUCUUUUUAUUUAAUGAUCUAGGAAAGGUCCGGGUGGAGUUGGUCGCUCGUCUCAGGUGGCUUCUUAUGCUUUAAGUUUGAGAAUUUUGUGCUGGGACUGUAAAGGUACAAUUAUUUUAGUCAUAUUUUGCAAACUCUUGCUCAACUAAAAUAGUAACUGGUAUUUUUGUUUCUUCCUUUAUAGUUUUGGUGCCGCUGCACCUUUAUGGAAAUUUGGUGUGUUUUUCAUACUUUGCCGACACAUAAUUUUGGGGGCAGUUUUUUGUUAUGAUUUUUUUAAUGUACACAUUUGGGUCAAUUUAAAUUAUAUAUUUUUUUUCUCAAAAAAGUGUAUUUUAUCCAUUUUGAUCAUUCUGAUUUAAUCGUCACCUAAAAUGUUCAGAUUAUUUGGAUUUAUGAAGAGGGAACCAACAUUUGUUUAACAUGUGUAUCAUGAUUAUGUGAGCUUUGUGGAAGUAAUAUUUGCACCAAAAAAUCAGGAGAAUGAGACGGAGUUUGUUUAAUGCAACACCACCUUCUAUCUUUGAAAUUCACUCACAAGUUAUAUUUCAUUACUUGAUGCUAAAAUGUCUAAUUUAACUGAUGUCAGCAAAUCAUGUCCGAAGCAAUUGUUUGCUUAUGCUUUGUCAAUAACUUAUGUAUUAUUUAGGAGAUACCAUGGUUGGGUCUUGACUGCCCUUUGGAAUAUAAAGCAUUUAAAAUGUAGAAAUAAUUAUUAAGACUAUUUGCUGGGUCCAUUUUAUUUCACUGUGGUUAAGUUGUCACAAUUUGGUGAAGGGCAAUCGGAGACCUUGCCACCAUGGCAUUCGGUUGAAAUUCAAAGGCUCCCUAAAUUCAACUGAUAUUUUUCAAAACCAAGAUUAAUGAAACUUAGAUGGGACUUUUACACCAAUUACAAAGUAAAAGAUUACUUUGCAUCGUGGAUUUAUCAAUCGUAUAGUGACAAAUCAUGUAACCCAAAAUAUGAGCCAUUCUUUGAAUGUCAAUUGAACGGAAAAUAACCAGAGUGUAGGGCAGUUACAUUGGAGUUCAGGAACCCUGAGUUCGUAAUGAAAGAUCCCAUGACAAAGCAUUUAUUGUAAAAUAUUUACAUUGUAUCACUUUUCAGCUGUAUUUUUAUGUGAAAUUUCACAGUGAAUCUGUAUUUCUUUAUGGACGAAAAAUAAAAUAUCUACAAUAUAAAAACACCAGAAACACGA